GUGGGGCUGCAGCUUCUUUUGCAGCCAGCUGCUUCGUCUGUGGUUGCAAAUAUUGGCUGUCAGGUAGCGGGUGUCGUAUAUCCUGCUUAUGCCACCUGCAAGGCGCUUGACCAACCAGUAUCAACGGAGAAAUCACACUGGCUUUGCUACUGGCUUGCAUUUGGAGGCGUCACAGCAGUUGAGAGCCUCAUGACACAGCGCUUUCCAGGCUACUACCACCUCAAGUUUCUUAUACUACUCUGGCUUCAAUCGAGGCGGUAUCAGGGUGCAAGGCGAUUGUAUACAGAAUUUGUGAGGCCUCUGAUCAGGAAAGCAGAGCCGAAGAUUGAUGCGGUGCUCAUGCAAAUUAACACAUUGAAGGUAUGUGGCAAUGCUUGCACAGCAGAGCAGUAA